GACACGUAAUGGACCUGUAAAAGUUGCUCUUAAGAGACUUAACAAUUCACAAAAUAUUAGUGAAGAAUAUUUUAAACAACUUUAUGAAUCUCAUCGAAGCUUACAAAGCGGAAAUACUGCAGAUUGUUAUGGAAUUACAAAAGAUCAUACAUCAAAAUACAUGUUCGUAAUGAGAUAUUAUGAGAAUGGAGAUUUGCAUUCAUAUCUUGAUAAAGAACAAGGAAUGCUGUGUUGGAGAGAUAUUGUAGAUAUGCUUUGGGGGAUAUCGGGUGGGAUUGAAAAUAUUCACGAAAAUGGAUUAAUUCAUGGGUAUCUUCAUGGAGGUAAUUUAUUGGUUGAAAAUGAACUAGGCUCAGUCAAUAUAUGUAUCGCGGAUGUAGGAUUACAUGGUCCAAUUGACAAAAAAGGUACCAAUAAAAUAUAUGGAGUUCUUCCUUAUGUUGCUCCUGAAGUCUUGAAGGGAAAUCUACCAACGAUGGCUUCGGAUAUUUAUAGUUUUGGAAUUAUUAUGUGGACUCUUUCCGCGGGUACUCGUCCAUGGUGCGAUAGACCGCAUGAUCUCAGAUUAGCUAAUGAAAUUUGCUUUGGUCUUCGCCCUGAAAUUAUUGAUGGAACUCCAAAAGUUUAUAUUCAAUUAAUGACACAAUGUUGGCAUCCUGAUCCUACAAAACGUCCUACUGCAUCUAAAUUGUCUGAAUUAUUAGGAAGCUGGACAAUUGCUAUUUGUGAUGACCCAGAACCAUCUGAAUUAUCUGACCAAUUUAAUAUUGCUGAAGAGAAAAAAUUCUCAGAUUCAGAGCAAAAUAAAUUUCAACAACAAAAAAUCCAUCCCCAAGCUUUUUAUACGAGCAGACUCUUGUAUUUUCCUGAAUUAAUUAACAUUUCGUCAUAAUGACGAUUUGAAAUUCCUUGCAAAAAGAAAAUCUAAUUCGACGACAAUGAUUAUAUUCAAACUUUUUCGUUUUCU